GUUAAUCGAGAAACGAAGGAAGAUGUCAACAUUAGCGAUGACCACGACGCUCAUGUCAUUUUCUUCUACAACAUCAGCAGCAUUUAUAACUGCUUUUCGGAAUGAUAUAUUAUGGGCAUUAAUAUUGGGUAUCAUUUUGGCUUUUGUACUUGGUUUUGCGAUGGGCGCAAAUGAUGUUGCAAAUGCCUUUGGUACAUCGGUUGGUAGCAAAGUAUUAACCUUACGACAAGCUUAUAUACUUGCAGUUAUUUUUGAAACGCUUGGAGCAUUGCUUAUUGGUUACAAUGUUACGGAUACGGUACGUAAAGGUGUUAUCGAUUUAACCUUAUAUGAAGAUAAACCAAAAGAGAUUUUUGUUGGACAAAUUGCUAUUCUUGGAGGUUGCUCAUUAUGGUUAUUAGUUGCUACAAUUGCUCGUUUACCUGUAUCAUCAACGCAUAGUAUUACCGGAGCAACUGUAGGAUUCGGUUUAAUGACGAGAGGUAUUGUUGGAAUACAAUGGAGAAAAAUUGCUCAUAUUGAUUCAUCGAGCAGUAAUACAGCUAGAGAUGAUUCAUUUGAAGUGCAAACUAUAAGUGAUAGAGCUCAAUCAGAAGAAAAUGUCUUACAUCAACGUUUAUCUAUUAUCAAAGGUAGCAAAAAUGUAGAGAGUAUCGAGAAGAAAAAGGAAGGAGAAAAGCCGCGAUCACAGUUAGCCGAUAAUGAUGAUGAUCGGAUAACAGAUGAUAGAACAAUGAAAAUAUUUAGUUCAAUACAAGCUUUUACCGCAUGCUUUGCUGGAUUUGCGCAUGGCGCUAAUGACGUUGGGAAUGCAAUAGCUCCACUGACAGCGUUGAUAUCAAUUUAUAGUAAUAUGGAUGUUCGACAACGAAGUGAAACACCGAUCUAUGUUUUACUGUAUGGUGUACUUGCGAUCUGUGUUGGACUUGUGGUACUUGGCCAUCGAGUGAUACGAACUAUUGGUACUGAUAUGUCUACAAUCAAUGCUGCCAGUGGUUUUACAAUUGAAUUUGGUGCAGCUGUAACUUCACUAACGGCCAGUAAACUUGGCCUACCAAUUAGUACGACGCAUUCAUUGGUGGGGAGUGUAGUAUUUGUGGGAAUGGUCCGUGCCAAGAAAGGUGUUCAGUGGUCAAUAUUCCGAAAUAUUGCCUUGUCAUGGAUUUUAACAUUACCCAUUUCAGGCCUUAUGGCAAUGGGUUUGAUGUUAAUCCUGAAAUUUUCACUCUGA